CUAGCCGCGCGACAAAUAACUAGGAUGAUGGACCCAUGGAACCAGUCUUCGUUUAAUUUAUUAAUACACCUCGGCUACCCCACCCUCCCACUACCAUCUCAACCACCAUCUUCUUCGCCGAGUCAUCCUUCGUUCUCCAACUCCACCAGCAAAACCAAGCCACCAGACUCAUGGCCGGCUUCAGUAGUUCUUGGCCAUGACGACCUCACGUUGGAGCAAAAAGCCCUCCCGGUGAUCCUCUCUUCACCACCAUCACCUCCGUCGAGCAGUGGCUGUGACUGCAGACGACGACCGUGUCAAGGCCAGAUCAGUCCACCUCCAACUCGCCGGCCUCAGUACAUCAUUAGUAUCAUCGGUAUAAACAAGCAAAGAAAAACCAAAACUUCAUCAUGGGACUUUGGCAUCUGUCUUUCUCCUGAAGGGAGAUCACGCUGUUGUAACUAAAAAAAGGAUUUAAAUUCAGCUGACGGGAUAUCACUACCAAAGAGCACAAGAGGGGAUUACCAAAGAGCUAAUCAAGAAACCAAACUUGGCUAUUCAUGGCGGGGGUCUUGGAUGCUCUGGCAUCCUACGUCCAAAACAUGCUUACGGAGAUGGCAAGAGAUGAGGUGCAUAUGUUGCUGGGGGUCACCGGAGAAAUCGAAAAAAUGGACAUCAAGCUCAAGGACCUCAAGAACUUCCUCGUGGAUGCUGAUAGGAGGAGCAUCACCGACCAGAGUGUCCAAGCAUGGGUACUAGAGCUUAGAGAGGCCAUGUAUGAUGCCACCAACAUCCUCGACAUCUGUCAGCUCAAGGCCAUGGAGCGGGGUCCAAGCCAUGAUGAUGGGUGCUUCAACCCACUGCUGUUCUGCUUGCGGAAUCCCAUUCACGCCCACAAGAUUGGCAACCGCAUCAAAAAUCUUAAUCAGAGGUUAGAAGAUAUCAAGAAACGUAGCUUGGACUUCAACUUCAUCAACCUAAAUUCAUAUGAGGACCGCAGCAGGAGGGUGGCAUCGUCUCGUCCUGGUAGCCGUCAGACAUCUGGUGAGCUUGAUGAGUCUAGUUUGGUCGGUGAGAAUAUUGAGGAGGACACAAGAAAUUUGGUGGAGAUUCUAACAACAAAGGCGCUAUCAAAUCGUGAAAACAACAAAAUUCUGGUUUACGCUAUCGUGGGAGUUGGUGGGAUCGGUAAAACAACCUUAGCCAAGAAGAUCUUCAAUCACGACAUCAUCAAACAAGAAUUUGCACAGAAAAUAUGGUUGAGUGUGAACCAGGAUGUCAAUGAGAUUGAGCUGCUGAGAAGAGCUAUCAUUGAAGUUGGGGGUGACCACCAAUCUGUUGGAAAUACGAGGGGCGCGCUUGAGCGAGCUCUUAAGGAAGCCUUGAAUGGGCAAAAGAUCUUAUUGGUGAUGGAUGAUGUUUGGAAGCAUCAAGUAUGGGAGGAUGUGCUCCAAACUCCCUUGGUCAGUGCUGCCCUAGCUCAUGGUAGCCGUGUCCUCAUCACCACAAGACAUGACAUGGUCGCAAGAGGGAUAAUGGCAACAAAACCCUACCACUAUGUCAAUAAACUUGAUCCCGAAGAUGCAUGGUUGUUGCUCAAGAAGAAGGUAGUUGGAAACGGAAAUGAUGAAGACCAGAUUGAACUGCUCAAGGAUAUCGGAAUGGAAAUUAUAACAAAAUGUGAUUAUUUACCACUUGCUGUGAAAGUAAUGGGAGGUCUCUUACGUCAAAAAACAGCAAGGAGACGGGAGUGGGAAAAUGUCCUAAAUGACUCGAUAUGGUCAGUAUCCCAAAUGCCUGAAGAGCUGAACUAUGCAAUAUAUCUUAGCUAUGAAGAUUUAAGUUCUAGUUUGAAGCCUUGCUUUCUUCACUACUCACUCCUUCCCAAGAGCAGAGGGUUCUUCUCUUAUGAGAUCAUUGGCAUGUGGAUUAGUGAAGGAUUUGUUCAUGGAACCUCACGUGACUUGGAGGAAAUAGGAAAAGAGUACUACGAUGAGUUGAUACAGAGGAACCUUAUUGAGCCUGAUAUAAGCUAUGCUGAAAAAGUAGUUUGCAAUAUGCAUGAUGUUGUCCGCUCAUUUGCUCAAUACAUGGCUAGAAAUGAAGCACUAGUAGCACAGAACAACAAAGCUGAUAUUGCUGACAAAAUCAAUUCACAAAAGUUUCUUCGCUUAUCGCUGGAAACAAGAGGAUCAGAAUCAGAUGAGUUAGAGUGGUAUUCAUUACAAGGACAGACAUCACUAAGAACACUAUUAUCAGUUGGGCCUAUAAAAAUCAAGCCUGGUGAUUCAUUCCUUGUUUUUUCGAAUUUACGGACAUUAUAUGUAGUAGAUGCAAAUUUUGAUGCAUUAGUUGAAUAUUUGAAUCAACUCAAACACUUGAGGUAUUUAUCCAUAAAAGAAACCAAUACAUCUAGGCUACCAGGAAGCAUUGGUAAGAUGAAAUUCCUGGAGUAUAUUAGCCUUCGUGGUUGUAAGAGUUUGGUAAAUCUUCCAAAUUCCAUUGUAACACUGCAACACUUGAGGUUUCUUAACCUUGGUGACACAGGAAUAAGCAGCAUACCAAAGGAUUUUCAUGGUCUAACAAAUCUAAGGAUUUUAUAUGGGUUUCCAGCGCACAUGGAUGGUGAUUGGUGCAGUAUUGAAGAAUUGGGACCCCUCUGCCAGCUAACUGAACUUAAUAUAAGUGGCCUAGAGAACGUGUCUUCGUCCUCAUUCGCAAAAAAGGCCAGGAUUGGUGACAAGGUGCGGUUGGAAUAUCUGUUCUUAGAAUGCACAAGUAGAAUUGAACAUGAUGGCCAGCUGGUAAAAGAUGAAGAAGGCAUUCCUGAGGAGCAGCAGCAACAAAUUGAGGAGGUAUUUAAUGAGCUCCAACCUCCGUCAAGUUUAGAAUCCCUCAAUAUCAGUGGGUACUUUGGUCAGCGGCUCCCAAGGUGGAUGAUGUCGACAGCACUUGUGCCCCUUGGGAGCUUGAGGAUUCUUACAAUGCAUAACCUAGCCUGCUGCACAGAACUUCCUAAUGGCUUGUGUCAGCUCCCCUGCUUGGAAUUCCUACAGAUUGUGCAUGCUCCAGCGAUCAAGCGUUUUGGGCCUGAAUUCCUACAACCAAACCAUCACUGCCACAACCAUUCCCAGGUAGGGGUUUCAUUUCCCAGAUUGAGUGAGCUGAAUUUUGAUGGACUGAUCGAGUGGGAGGAAUGGGAGUGGGAGCUUCAAGUGAAAGCCAUGCCCAUGUUGGAGGAGCUUAAACUCGAGAAGUGCAAGUUGAGGCGCGUGCCUCCUGGCCUUGCCUUCCACGCAAGAGCUUUGAAGAAACUAUACAUAUAUGAUGUGAAGCACCUAAGCUCCUUGGAGAACUUUACUUCGGUUGUUCACCUCGACGUGUUUAGAAACGCUGACCUGGAGAGGAUCAGUAAUCUACCAAAACUGCAGAAGCUCGUCAUCGUUAUGUGCCCAAAGAUGAAGGUAUUGGAAGGCGUGGCUGCACUACAAAAACUCGGUCUGGAGGAUUAUGACAUCGAAACAGUCCCAAGAUACCCGCAAGAUGUAACGCCAAGGCAAUUGCUGCUAGACUGCAGCUUACCGCUACUUACUUCCAUAGCUGCAGGGAAAACUAGCCGUGAGUGGGACAAGUUCAAACAUAUCCAGCAAGUCAAGGCAUAUGCAGGCGAUGAAGGUGUUCAGAGAAAAUGGUACGUGCUAUACACAGGACAUCCUUUCCGCUUCGAGACCAAUAUCAGCCGCUCCGCCAUUCUCCAAUCGCGCAACAAGCGCAAGUGGCUUGCUUACAGCGCCACGUGCACCAUUGAAGACGAGUGGCCGGUAGGACGACGUGCGUCUACCGACAAACGUCAGCCCCUGUGCCUACGCUUCAGGUGCAAUGCUUAUCGCCAUUUAAUUCUCUGGUUGUGUCGAGAGUGCCUGCACUGCAAUGAGGCAAACCGCAUCGCCACCUUAUCAGACCAAUGGACCGAAGCAGCUGUGUAUCCAGCGUGCCGACGUAUUAGGAGGCAUAGCAGACAGCAGCUAUAAAAUGAAUCAUGCGAGGAGUCCAGACUUGCACCUGGACUUGCACCUUCUGCCAGCUGCCCCUACAGAACAACACAUGCUCAGUUUUCAGUUAAUCUUUGUGUUUACUCUGCUUUCCUUCUAUCUCUCCAGUUGAUUACUGCUCUUACGCCCGUGCAGACUAGCAACAAAAUUGUAUGGAACAUAAGGCUUAUGUCAUUGCCAUGAUUAUUCUAAUGCGCUUUCCAUGACAGAAAUUGCAGCUCUUUCGAAUCUUUUGUCUAUGCACUGAAAAAUGAAUGGUUCGGCUUUUCA